GAUAUAUCUCAUUUGAUUCAAAACGAACUACUUUGCAGCCAUGCGGAAAAUAUUUCAAGUAGGCUCACUCAAGAUGCUUUGCUGAAAUUAUCUCUCCUUGCUUGGCACUUCGAUUCGAAUGGUUCUGUUUCUCAAGACCUCCGUCACUUUAUUUGGCAACCCCAGGCCGGUUUCACCGACGUGUGCAAAACUAUCUGGAGUCAGUACAACAAUCGGUCGAAGUAUCCCACGUCACUCAGAAGGUUCAAGAAAGAAAUGUUUUGGCUGUUGACAAAUCUUGAAGGGGCUUUU